AUGGGUCGCAAACCCAACGCGCUCAUCCUCGAGUUCUUUAUUCGAGGCCAGAAACUCGAGGAUGCUAGUAACCGCUACCAGCAUACAUGCAAGGCGUGCGGCGAAAAAUUUCCUAAAGGUCGCAUCGACAGCCUCACUAAUCACCUGGUGAAGAAAUGCCAGGCGAUCCCGCUACGGGACCGACAACGCGUCCUGUUGCGACUCCAUGAAUUGCCAGACCUCGCCGAUGGUGACCAGAACAAAGACCCGAAUGCUACCGGACAGAAUAAGGGAAAGUCGGGCGAUGUGUCCUAUACGACGCGACAAAAUUUCGACGGCCUGAAUGUGUUGGCCGAGGCGUCGAGACAGGUGGGUGCUUCUGACCAGUCCAAGCGGGGAGGUCCUGCUUAUACCCAGUCUGUCACCGUUGGUGGAAAGACUGUGGUCGUUGACCCUGCACUUGAGGCAGAGGGAUUUCAGGGCCACCCUGCUCAGUCUGAGCAGAUGGACGAGGACGUGAAGGUUCCGGUAUCUCCCCAAUCGCCAAACGACGCGACGGCGAUUCUUUCACUCCCUCCUACCGGCUCGCUUGAUCCGACCUCGUCCACUUCUCCGCCACUGCCAGAGACUUCUUUGACUCCCGACCCAAACGCCACUUCUCGGCAGUCACAGCUGUCUAUGAUCGCUGCAUCUGCUAGUGAAAUGGUACCUCACGGCCUCCCGUUGGAUCAUGAUCCUAGCACUGGACUUUCUGACGGUUUGUCUAAGAUGGGUUCUGCAUGGAACCAACAGCUCUCGACUCAGGAACAAUUAUUGUUCGACAGCCUCCAGGAGCAUGAUCCGACGCUGACCGCAGCGACCCAACGCGCCGCCUCUUUUCCUCGUCCCAUCGCAAUGAACCCGAACUCUCAGGCCAAGGGUUUUGUGAACGAGUUUGGUAACUCCACCAAACCGGCUAAGCCCAAGGUUCGUGGUCGGUUUUCUGCAGCUAGACGCAGAGAGGUUCAGGAAGUGAGGAAAAGAGGUGCGUGCAUACGGUGUCGCAUGCUCAAGAAACCUUGCUCUGGGGACAGCCCGUGUACCACCUGCGCUAGCGUCGAAAGCGCACGUCUGUGGAAGCACCCUUGCAUCCGCACUCGUAUUGCGGAGGAGUUUGAAUUGUACAAUGCUAACCUGCACGCAACGUUGGCUUAUCACGAUGUUAGUAGCAUACGAAACCAGAUCAAGUUUGAACACUAUGCAGGACGUAUUGAAGUCACCCAUUUUGAAGAGAGCAUGGUUUUCGUUACCUUCAGUGGGCUCCAGGGCCAUAAGGCAUCGGCCUCAGCACUUGAUCCCCAACUUCAGGGACUUGGUGACGAGACUCAAUUCCAAGGUCCUCUUCAAGAAAUUUACCUACUAGACAGCGACCAAGAUGAUCUACCGGGGAAAAUUGAGAUGUAUAUUAAGAAAACGGCGCCGUUUUUCUACGAGCGCGAGGCCUCCGACGAUUUGUUAUUAGAAAGGGUGCUGGAGUUGUGGGUUGCCACACAUAUUCUGGUUGACGCGGAGCUGCAUUGGAAGACUUUUAGCAAUCCGACGCUACCGCCUGCCUCGUUGCAUUCCCUUGGGCAGACAGCGGAUGAGGGGCGUAUCCCAAUCGACGAGAUUACAAACGCUGAGUCUUACGCAUUGUUGUGCGGCCAGUUGCGAUCUGCAACCGAGAAGCGAGCAGCGUCACUAAGCAAGUCGGUGAUGAACGACCUGGAGCGGAGGCUGCUCCAGCGUCAGCAGAGCGGCUGGUUUGAGACCUUCCUAGUUUCUCUCAUUCUUUUGAACUGUGUAGAGAGGACCUGCUGGCUGUUCCGAUCCUGGGAUGAUGAGAACUUUGCACAGCGGUGGCCGCUUGACAAGCGCCCUCCAUACUAUGCGACGCAGGGUGACCGCUUCUCGGAUAUAUUGCACAUGUUGUUGAAGAUGCGCAGUCUACCACCCAAGGCGACCCCGCUGCCGGACGGCGGAAUCUUGAAGGCCGUGGACGGUAGCGAUGAGAACGCGAUUCGCUGGUUCGAGAUGAUUAAAAUUUCCCCACUUUUCCUUGAACAGCGCCAAACUGCAGGAUUCGACCCGACUGAUUCUCGGUCGCUUGACUUCCGUUACGGGGCGAAGCUGCUGCCGCCUGCGAAUGUGUAUGCAUGA